GUCCUUCUGCUCGCCCGCAUCACGGCUUGAAGAAAUCGUUUUGAUAGUCCAAUCGACAUCGGUUCUUGAGAGAAACAGUAUCUAUCAUGACUGUAUACUGCAUCGACAUGACAGUAUCUAUCGACAUCUGACUGUAUACUGCAUCGGUGCCCCGACGGCGAUCUGGGUCGUAUCGUCUUGGUGUAGUCGGAAGGAUCGUUUUCAUCAGUCGUGCUGGGAAAAACGCUGUACUUAAAAAUUCAAAUCGCUUAUCGUAUGAAUGAUCUCUUCCAGUCAUCGUGCGCUACUUCUAGGCCCAUCGCUUCUUCUUGUUGGCAACAUCGUUUCUUGGUCCCCCCGAGAUAGAGUUUUCAACACGAAGAAUUACAAUUUGAUGUGGCCUGGUUCGUAAUUUCAAUUUGCUUACGUUGACUUCAGAAUUUUUGAAUUUUAACACCAUAAUUCAUUCCCGUUACAUGAUUACAUAUUUUUGAAUUUGAGAAGCUAGCACAACCACAACCACUUCAAGAUGUUGAUGGGUAGAGCUUCUAAAAGCAUUCUGUUGACCACACCACCUGUAGACGUAGAGGUAGUUUUUUCGUACUUUCUUUCGCCGCGGAAAAACGCGGCGGAAACCUAGUGUCGAGCUAGAAUUACCUUCGUGGUUUUCGCGACGAGGCUUCGUCUUUAUCUCAACUUUGAAAUUGGAAGUCAUCAAGAAGAUCACUGGACAACAUAAUUGUCUACAGUUUGUUACGCUUUUAGGAGCAAACAGUUCGCUCUUUCCUUACGCCAACUCCGCCGCGGCCCUGGUGCAUCGUACUAAAAAGUCACUGCUACGCCGAUCCCUGUCGCUGAUUUUUCAUUAUGGCGCAGCCGGAGCGUAUCUCCUUCCUCGCGAUUGGCCGUGUAGCCGAUGAAGAGCUGCUGGCGACGUGGAGUGCCGCCACGCAGGGCCCCUCCUGGGAUGAUGUGCGGCUGAAGACGGUGCGAAAAUUACUCACCGCAGCAAGAAAGCGCUUGACACCAGGACAGAGGCAGAAACUGCACUGGGACGACCAACAGGUCUUCGUGCAGCUGGACUUCCCAGCCGGAGCCUUCGUUUAUGUGGUACAGAUACAAUUAUGUAUUUUGUUUUUUCCACGUGUCGCAUAUUUGAUUAGGAGCUGUAAGUGUAUUGAGCGAAGUCACACAUGCUCUUCCUGCCUUUGUCGUAAUCCACUCGGUAACCGAGACCGCGUGAUGACGGAAUUACUUUAGUUACUUCUGGUGCAGCGCACAGAACAAAACAAAAACAUUUCUCAGGUGGUCGCCCUGAAGAACAUGCAAGGGGAGGACUACCCGGAGAGAAUAGCAUCGGCCUUGAUCAAGGAAAUGCAGGAGCACGCCGAGACAAAUUACUCCCAGGAAAUGGAGUCGUUCGACCCAAAAACGGACGCCUCGGACCCGAUUUCCGAGGGCAUGGCCCAGUGGUUCACAGACAAGGCGUCACAGUUUGACGACCCCGAGGAGUACGACAAACUGGCGAAGGCAAUCGCAAAAACGGAGGCUGUCAAGAACGUAUAAUAGAUGCUUUUUUUUGACCUCUUUAUUGUUUAUGCGCAAAUAAUAGGUUGAACAUCAACAUUAAGAUCAAGAACAUCAAAAUUGUAGAGGCUGUUCUUUGUCUGACUCAGGCACAGUAUAGGGCACAUGUAAAGAACAUCGAUGAAACUGAAACAGAUUAUGAAGAAUAACGUGAACGCGAUGCUGAAAAACACGGAAAACUUGAACGUGUUGGACGAGCAGGCACAACAGAUGCGCGACGAGGCGGAGGACUACGAGGACUAUCAAAUGCAAAUAUGUCUGGCUCUGGAAGAUGAGUGCAGGCAUUUGAUGUUAUGCAUCUUCUAGACCAGCAGCAGCGCACAGCAACAGAUGCUGCUCUGGAAUGCACACAGAAGCAUCUUCACAGGUCUAGCCCGCGCCUCUUUCUGCCUGACCCACAGGAGAAGAAGUUUGGUUCUAUUUGUGUAGCUGUGUUGAGGACGAUCACAGGUGGUCAAUGUCUCAGCGUAAAGUACAGUAGCAGGAAACGGGCAACUUUUAGCGCUCCUGCAAUACAAAAUUUAGUGUCCUUAGCGACUUGCAUGACAAGUUAUGCAUCCUUCCAGACCCAGGCAGAUUUGCAAUGCAUAAGGAGGAGGCAGAUACAAUCAAGGAUUACUUUUGGUGGAAGGACUGCAAGUAUGAGAGAGCACCAUUCCCCCUUCCCCUGCUCAUUUGUCAUGCGAAACGUCAAAUCCUGUAUGGGCCUCUUGGCCGAGUUUGCAUCGCAAGAUCGUCUGGAAGCUCAGACUACACUACGACACUCCUGGCCUGAAAGGGUUGUCAUGCAAAGGCGUCACUUUAGUUUUAGAUUUCAUUUGAAAUUAGGUUCUAUUGCUACCAUCAUCAGGCUCUACUGCUACAAAUGCACUACACCCAAUCAUGACGGUGCAGCGGGGGAGUUGUGCACUCUGAUAGCAAGGUGACCUUGCUGAUCGCGCUCCUCACGCUCAUCGUCCUCGGGAUCUCCAUCUGGUGCUGCUAUGACAAGUGCAAGACCGUGAAGGGAGCCAAGGGUGACGAUGACUGAGACUUGUACACGUCCAGCACACGGUUGGAAGAAGAAGUCCCAAGAACGAUUGUUCCUAUAAAAGUGACGAACAAAUUGUGACGCUGUGACAGCACAAAAAAUUGAAAGAGGUUUUUAAAUCAAUAUUCAUUCAUACCACCAUUCACUCGCUACUUUGCUUGCAGACUGCUUUUUACGUUGUUACUGUUUUACAUACAUAGAUUACAGUUACAUGCAAACAAAUAAGUACUGACGAAAGUACUUCUGGAGAAAUACGAUAAAAAGAAGAGGUACGUGCGACGUUUCGAAAAGCUACGAGAGAGAAAGAUACCAUUCUUGUGCUUUCAGUUUCAACCUGUCUGGGUGGUUCCUCUCACCCAGUGGAGAAGAAGGGUACAACCACAGGGGAACAAAAUUGGCUGACUAGUUGGUAUCGAGUUUCUCAUGCGAUUGCGAAGAGGAGACAAAACUACCACAACGUCAACGAACCAAGCACUCAAACACCAAAUUUGCUCCUGUGACUAUUCGCUCGUGCUGAUCCUUCCACAGGUUUCCCUUGUGACCUUACAUCAAAUAGAGGAUCAGGAACGAAUACGAAACGACGCCGCUGCAGAAGUCGCCAUAGGGCGCUGAUUGGCGUAUUCUUCAGGCACUAGCUUUUCAAGUCUUGUUGAUUCAAUUUACUAUGCAUUUCUUUGCGUUUCUUGCCUUAUUUAGUACGUUUAUCUAUUGUUGAGUUGUAUCGACUUAUCUUAUUGGUAUAUUUGUUGCACGACGAAAUUAAAAGGGUGCGCACUCGGACAACAGUCAGUUGAAGAUGUUGCGAUAGGAGCGGUGCCGACGUAUUGUACAUGUUUCCAGGAUACUGUCGCAACACUAACAGACUGACCAGAAAGGGGGUCUCGCAGCAGGCUUCGACGUGGUUGUAGUGCAGCACUGUCAACCGCGGCCUUUCUGACUGCAAUUUCCCUCAUCAUCUCUGUACCUGUAUUUGCAUUUUAACAACCAAGAGAAAAACUACCGUUGACGAUUGGAAAAUUGACUCUAAUACAAUUCUCGCUAAAGACUCGUCGCGCGACACUCGUCAACACUACUUCAGCAGUAAAAUUAAUUCCGAGAAAGAAUAAGGUAACGUAAAGUAAAUCCGACCAAAGGCAGCUGCAAAGUCCUGCUGUGCGUGUGUAUUGGAAGGCUCUGUCUCCCUCUUUGGAACUCAGCCGUCUCAAG